CUUUGGCCAAACAGGGACCGGGUCUACAGAGCUCCCAGUUUCCUGAUCAAGGAAGGUGACCGGGUAAAUGUGGACGUUACAGCUCCAGGAGCAACACUGGCACUGGGCAUGAUGUUCUUCAACACCAGUAACAGUGCUGUAUCCGAGCGACUGAAGGCUCCAGACACACAGUUUAUGUUAGACCAGGUCAGACCAGACUUCCUGUGCCUCAGGAUUGUCCAGAAAUAUGCCUUUUACAAGCCUCCGCAGAAUGGAGAUGAUGACCUGGAUUCAUCCAUAGACCUGCAAACUAUGAGCCAGGCACAUUGCAACAUCACCAGCGGAGCCUGCAUGGUCAUGGCACUCAAGUUUGCUGGAUCGGCCAACAGAGAAGCCUUCAAAACUCUGGUGAUGGCAGGCACUGGUGAUCUGGUCACACUGAGGAUUUGUCGAGCUCUGCGAAGGAGAGUGGGUCCUCAGUACCACCAGUUUACCUACGGCAACCACAUGUGUACAGCCAUGGCGACAGGGCUGCUAUUUCUAGGAGGUGGCAAGUUCACACUGAAAACCACACCAGACGCCAUUGGAGCCAUGUUGUGUGCUUUCUACCCUCAGUUUCCUCAGUCUAGCACUGACAAUAAGUACCAUCUGCAGGCAUUCAGACACCUGUAUGUGCUGGCAUGCGAGCCAAGAGUUAUCAUCCCUAAAGACGUUGACACUGGCAGGUUCUGCUUCGUCCCUCUGCGCAUCAAGUUUAAGGGAUGCCCAGCCUACAAGUCUGUCUCCUUCAAUGCUGGAGCUCCAUACAUCGUUCCGGAGCUGAGCAAGCUAGAAGAGAUACAGGUGUUGGGGACCAGAUACUGGCCAAUCACUUUCCGAGAAGACAAGAACUGGGACACUCUGAGGCUGCUGCUCCACAAGGGUGGUGUGUUAGGUGUGAAGCAGAGGGCGGGUCACCUGUCUUACAUGGAGGAUCCCAAGGGAUACAGGAGUACCUUGGCAAAGUCCCUGAUGGCCGACAGCUCUUGUCAUUUUGUGUGUCAGCCUGACCUCAUCAAAUCCUUCACAUCUGACGCCCGGAUCACUGGUCUAGCUGAGUACUUCAUCAAAUACAACAAAUCUGAUGGUUCUAUGAUACAGGAGCUGUUUUCUCUCAUCUACCAGUGUGUGUCACAAGAGAAGGCUGAGGCUAUCUGCCCACACUUUAUACUGAAACAUAUAAGCCAACAGUUUUCCCACAGCAGCGGCACACUGGGUAUACAACAGUUGCGACUAGUCAUGGACUACUACCUGAGUCGUCACAGACUGCAAGUCGCUGGCACGGACAAGGACAGACUAGUCUACGCAGAGUUUCUUCUUAGUCUUCGCUGUCAGAUAGAACAACUCCUGGAUAAAUGGCUCGCAGAAAACCUGGACAACAUGGGACAUUAUCUUCACCACGGACAGCCGCUGUCCCACAGCUUGGACAGCUGUCUGUCCCAGUACCUGGUGUGGUUUGCCUUCCCCAGCCGGAUGCAGCUGUGGGACAGGGGACAGCAGGCAUGUCCUCCCAUCCCUAUCCUGGCAAAGAUGUUUCCACGGUUACACAUGGCCGGCUUGAUCCGACUCAACCAGCUACUGACCUCUGCUCUCUGA